AAACAACAUUUGCACGAGACAAUCAAUCAUAAGUUAUUAAGUCAUUUAUUAGUGGUGUAAAAUUUUAAUAUAGAACAAAUAAAAUGAAUUCCAUAUCAAAAUUAAUUUUAACAAAGAUUAGUCUUGUAAGAAGCUAUUCGUCUACAAGUUAUAAGAAAAAUUCAGCAUACUAUCACAAUAUUGGAAAAAAACCACUGGUUUAUAGAACGCUGGGACAGCAUCUUGACAAAGCCGCGGAAGAUUUCACGAGCACAAAGGCGAUUAUAUCAUGUCAUGAAGACAAAAGUUAUUCGUUUUCAACACUGAGAGAUGAAGUCAAUCGUCUUGCGGCUGGGUUUGUGCGGUUGGGUCUUAAAAUCGGUGACCCAGUCGCAAUAUGGGCUCCAAACUAUUUACAUUGGUACUUGACGAUGUUUGCUGCAGCCAAGGCUGGACUACCGUCUGUUGGAAUAAAUCCCGCAUUUCAAGGGCCUGAGGUUGAGUAUUGUUUAAAAAAAGUGGAAGCCAAAGCGAUUGUAGCGCCUUACGUGUAUAAAACCCAAAACUACUAUAACAUUUUACAAAAAAUCUGUCCAGAAAUCAACGAAUGCGAACCUGGUUCUCUGAAAAGCUCUACUCUCCCUCACCUAAACACAGUCAUAAUAAACUCUAAUGAAAAACUCAAAGGUGCUUAUCGUUUCGAUGAUAUACUCAAUAUGGGUGACAAUUCAAAUUCUUUGCGCGAGUUAUCCGUUCUGCAGCCUUUUAUAUCAGCUGAUUCUCCUUGCAAUAUUCAGUUUACGUCGGGAAGUACAGGUAAACCGAAGGCUGCUAUGCUGAGUCACCUCAAUAUUGUUAACAAUGGAAUUCUCAUUGGUAAUCGAGCUGAGAUAGAAGGUCAAAAAAUUUGUGUGCAAGUUCCACUGUUCCAUGCUUUUGGAGUAUCUAUUUCAAUAUCGGCAGGAAUGGGCUCUGGUGCAACUUUGGUUCUCCCUGGACCAGGUUUUAAACCCGAAGAUUCGCUUAAAGCUAUUGCAAAGGAGCAAUGUACGGUAGUUUAUGGAACACCAACAAUGUAUGUUGACCUCAUUCGAAAACAAAGAGAGUCUCCCCUGCCUAUUGAAUCAGUUAAAAUGGCUGUUACUGGAGGUGCUCCAUGUUCUCCUCAAUUAUUUAGUGAUAUGAAGAAGGUUCUUGGAGUGGAGAAAAUUAAAUCUGUUUAUGGAUUGACAGAAACUACGUCUGUAGUUUUUCAAACAAUGCCCAAUGACUCCGAUGAGAGGAUUUUCAACUCAGUAGGCCAUCUGCUUGAGCAUACCGAGGCAAAAGUCAUCGAUGAGGCUGGAAAUAUUGUUGCUUUUGGUGAACCUGGCGAACUUUGUUUGCGUGGACAUAGUAUUAUGUUGGAAUAUUUUAGAGACGAAAUAAAAACAAAAGAAACACUGGGCAGUGAUAAAUGGUUAAAAACCGGUGACCAAUUUGUUCUGCAAGAAGAUGGAUAUGGCCAAAUUGUGGGACGUUUGAAGGAGAUGAUUAUUCGAGGUGGGGAGAAUAUAUUUCCCAAGGAGGUUGAAGAUGCCCUCAACACGCAUCCUCAUAUCAUUGAAAGCUAUGUUAUAGGUGUUGAAGACGAACGCAUGGGAGAAGAACUAUGUGCCUUUGUUCGUUUGUCCGAUGAUGUCAAGGACCUAAAACAAACGGAAAUUAAGGCAUAUCUUACGGGAAAAAUUGCGCACUUCAAAAUACCUCGUUACGUGCAGGUGGUGAAAGAUUUUCCAAAAACAACAUCGGGGAAAAUUCAGAAAUUUAAAUUAAGUGAAAUGUUUCUUAAGCUAAAUACAAAUGCUUAAAAUAGUUUAACCUUUAAAAUUCUGUAUAAACCUUUUAAUAACAACUAAAAAUAAAGUUGGCUGCACGAACGUUUUAUGUCA